AUGGCGGAGCGCGAUUUCGGCAGCGGGCACGGCGUGCUGUACGACACGCCGCAGCGCGGAUCCGCGACGCCGUUCGGCGCGACGGCCGUGGACAACGGCGUGAACUUCGCCGUUCACUCGUCUGGAGCUACCGCCGUGUCGCUCUGCCUGUUCACCCCCGAGAGCCUGGCGCAGGGCAAGCCGAGCGCGGAGGUGCCGCUGCACCCGAUUCUGAACCGCACGGGCGACGUGUGGCACAUCAUGCUGCCGGCGCUCUCGCGCAACCUGCUCUACGGCUACCGCAUCGACGGGCCCUUCGCGCCGCAGAAGGGCCACCGCUUCGACGCCUCAAAAAUCGUCCUCGACCCCUACGCCAAGGCCGUGCUGAGCCGCGAGAAAUACGGCGAGGUGGCGCCGGGAGGCGAGUGCUGGCCGCAAAUGGCGGGCAUGGUGCCGCAUCCCGAGGACGACGAGUACGACUGGGAGGGCGACACGCCGCCGCGCCAUGCGAUGAAGGACCUGGUGAUCUACGAGGCGCACGUGCGGGGGUUCACACGCGACAGCAGCAGCGCCGUGCAGCACCCGGGCACGUACAGCGGGCUGGUGGAGAAGCUGCCGUACCUGCAGGCGCUGGGGGUCACGGCCGUUGAGCUGCUGCCCAUUCACGAGUUUAACGAGCUUGAAUACUACGCGUACAACCCUAUGACCAAGGAUUACAAGAUGAACUUCUGGGGGUACAGCACGGUGGGGUACUUUGCGCCCAUGAUCCGCUACGCAGCAGCGGGCGGGGCGGCGUGUGGGAGGGAGGCAGUGCGCGAGUUGAAGGACAUGGUGAAGGCGUGCCACCGCCACGGCGUGGAAGUCAUUCUCGACGUGGUGUUCAAUCACACGGCCGAGGGCAACGAGCUGGGGCCCACGAUUACGUUCCGGGGGAUUGAUAACCGCGUCUUUUACAUGACGGCUCCCAUGGGCGAGUUCUACAAUUACUCCGGCUGUGGCAACACCUUCAACUGCAACCACCCUGUCGUGCGCAAGUUCAUUGUCGACUGCCUCAGAUACUGGGUGCAGGAGAUGCAUGUGGACGGCUUCCGCUUCGACCUCGCCGCCAUCCUCACUCGCUCCUCCAGCAUGUGGGACCGCAGCAACGUGUAUGGCAGCACGGACAGCGGGGGUGGGAGCGAGAGCAGCGGGGAGGAGGGCGAUGGAGUGACCACGGGGACCCCGCUCACAGAGCCGCCUCUCAUUGACGCCAUUUCCAACGACCCCGUGCUGCGCGAUGUUAAGUUAAUAGCAGAGGCAUGGGAUGCAGGGGGUCUGUACCAGGUUGGCAACUUUCCCCACUGGGGCGUGUGGGCGGAGUGGAACGGCAAGUACCGAGAUGCGGUGCGGCAGUUUGUGAAGGGUACGGACGGCACCGUCAGCAUGUUCGCCGAGGCUCUGUGUGGCUCCCCCAACCUCUACAAGGCGGGGGGGCGGCGGCCAUGGCACAGCAUCAACUUCGUGACGGCACACGACGGGUUCACGCUGGGCGACCUGGUGGCGUACACGAGCAAGCACAACGAGGCCAACGGCAACGACAACACGGACGGCGAGGAGCACAACCUCAGCUGGAACUGCGGCGAGGAAGGGGUACCAGCAACUGUGGCAGUGGAGAGGCUGAGGCAAAGACAGAUCCGCAACUUCAUCCUCGCCCUCUUUGUCUCCCAGGGAGUGCCGAUGGUACAUAUGGGGGAUGAGUACGCACACACCAAGGAUGGCAACAACAACACCUACUGCCAUGACUCCCAGAUGAACUACUUCAACUGGGAGAGAGCCGAGCAGGACUCCUCUGGCGUGCUGCGCUUCUUCCGAGCCGUUGCUGCUCUCAGAAAGGAGUUCAAGUGUUUCCGGUUGGACGAUUUCCCCAUGGCGCAUCAACUGCAAUGGCAUGGCCUCACCCCUGGCAGCCCUGAUUGGUCCGACACCUCACGAUUCAUCGCAUUCACCAUCCGGGACGACGAAGGCACCGAGCUAUACGUGGCGUUCAACACGUCGCACCUGCCAGCAGUGGCCACUCUCCCCGACCGCUACGCGUGCACGUGGCAACCGCUGGUGGACACUAGCAAGCCCCCGCCCUACGACGUGCUCUCCCCCGACCUCCCCGCCUCCGACCGUGCUGUUGCCGUGGCCCAGUCUGCUUCGCUGCUCGCUGCGGGGUUCUAUCCUCUGCUGGGGUAUUCCGCGAUUGUGCUGCAGUCUGUGGCAGAAGCGGCUUGA